AUGGGUGAUGCAGGAUUCAUGCCAGAAAUGGUGAAAUUUCUUGAUGCGAAGUCGUUUGAAGCACGAGAAAUGGCUUCAGAGACACUUUUCCGAUUGGUGGUUGUGCCUAGAAACCAAAAAAGAUUCGUGCAAAAUGAUCAAAAUGUGAACUUUCUUCUACAAUUGGUCAAUCCAGAUGAAGGGAAUUCAGGUAAUAGAAAGAAUCUACUUUCUAUAAUCAUGUCAUUAACUUUCUGUAAUGAUGGCAGAAAGAAAAUUUUAAGCUCUGGGUAUUUGAAAAAUAUUGAAAAACUGGCUGAGGAUCAAGUUUUAGAUGCUAAAAAGAUUGUUAGGAAUUUGUCAUCGAAUCGGUUCCGAAGCAUGAUCAGGGGAAUUUGGCAUUCUUGA